AUGAAGGAAAUUAAGAAAGAAAUUGUCUUGUCUUCAGGUCAGGAAGUAGCGAAAUUUAUCCACAACGUUCGUCUCGGGAAUUUUUCCGAAGCACAUAAGCUUUCAUCGGCUACACUGCACCUGAUGAAGAAGCUUGUGGAGAAGGAACCAUGGAAGACGGCGAAGGAGCUAUUGCUGUUUAUUAGAAAACAGGGUCAAUUCCUAUCCGAAGCAUUUCCGGAUGGCAUUGUUAUUUUGAAUGUCAUCCGGCGAGUUAUGAAAAUAAUACGCGAAGAAUACGACUCAACGCGCGUGGUGCAGGUCGACGAUGGACAAAGUAUCCUUUCACUGCACAAGCUGAUAACCCAGGGAGAGGAAUCGGAACGGGACGAUUACUCAAAAUCAUUGCCAACCCUGAAAAAUUCGCUGCUGGACCACUUAACCGAGCUAGAAACUGAGCUCGAAACGACGAUCGGAAGCAUUUCUUCCCAGGCAGCGGAACAUAUCCACUCGGCGGAACUUAUCAUGACCAUCGGGUACUCACGAAGCGUGGAAAGGUUCUUACUAAAAGCUGCCGAAUCUCGACCCAUUGAGGUGGUGGUGGUAGAAUGUGCCCCCGAGUGUCGGGGCCAACAGUUGGCCGCCAACCUUGCAAAUGCAAAGAUUCAAACUACGCUCGUUUCGGAUGCGGCUAUCUUUGCGAUAAUGUCACGUAUAAACAAGGUUAUCAUCGGAACGCAUUCUGUUUUAGCAAACGGAGGAUUGCAAGCGGUUUGCGGGGCGUAUAGCUUGGCAUUAUCAGCGAAGCAUUUUUCCGUCCCGGUCAUUGUGCUGGCACCCACGUACAAGUUUGCACCCGUACAUUUGUGCCAUUACGAUCAGGGUGAUUUCAAUAUGCUGGGCAACACUGGAUGCAUACUGGAAUCAAAGAAAUUGGCCUCACGAUUAACCAAUGCUUAUAAUCCGUGCUUCGAUUAUGUGCCUCCAGAGCUGGUGACACUCUUCAUCACAAAUAAUGGUACAAAUGCACCGUCCUACAUUUACCGCCUGAUAGGUGAACUAUAUCAUCCAGAUGAUAACAUGUUAUGA